AGAAUCGAACCGAUCAGCGAACAAUCCUAUUCCAAACAAACUCUAAAGUAAUGUCCAUAAAAAUAGGGGUGCUAUUAGUAACGAGACCAAACUAUAGGGGGUACUAGAGCAAUUUCACUGCAACAGAUGAAUCAAUCACAUGAUCCAGUACGAAGAUCUGAAAAGACAGCAGUGGCAUUGUCGAUAAAAACGCAGAUUUCCAAGGUCACUUUCCUUUCUCCACAAGCCUCCUCUCCUCAGUCCUCGCCAUCCUCUUUCUAUUUCUCCCUCAUCCCCAUUAUCACCUGAGCCUUCCAACUCCGUCAUCUCUCUCUCUCCUCUCUCUCUCUACGUGGAAGAGAGCCGCGAAACAACCACCACUGCCGCCGCCACCGCCACCGCCACCGCCUUCCACGACCUCAACAUGUACUCCCCCGACAUCGACAGCACCUGCUCCACCCCUUACGUUAGCGCCCCGUCCAGCCCCGGCCGCAUCCCCGUCGUCGGAGGCGGGGCCGGAAUAGGAGGAGGAUUCUUCUACAGCGCUCCGACGAGUCCAAUGCACUACAUGCUCUUCUCUCCUCCUGCUCCUCUAAACGCGACGCCUCCCGCUUCUGGAGCCUCGGUCUCCGGCUCGUCGUUCGAGUUUGACUUCUCGGCUAGGUUUGCGAACGCGGGGCCGGCGUCGGACGGCUCGAUGAUUUCGGCAGACGAGCUCUUCUGUAACGGCCAGAUCCGGCCAAUGAAGCUGUCCACGCACCUGCAGAGGCCUCAGGUGCUCGCUCCGCUGCUGGAUCUGGACGAAACCGAAGACGAAGGUGAGAACUUUCUUAGAGGACGAGAUGUGAAAUGGCGGGACAGAUCUCUGCGUCGGAGAACCAGAUCUAUGUCGCCGUUGAGAUCCUCUCCGUUCAGAUGGCACGAAAGCUACGGCGUAGAAGAUCAAAAUGCCGACAAAGAACAGAGCAGUAAGGGAGAAAUCGAGAUCAAGGAGAACGAGGCUGAGGCGUCGAGCGAGACGACGCCGUCGGCCUCAGCUUCCUCUUCACGGUCGUCGUCGGUGAGCCGGAGCUCGAAGCGGUGGGUGUUCCUGAAGGAAUUUCUCUACCGUAGCAAAAGUGAAGGAAGGAACACUAAUCAGAACAGUCAUAAGUUCUGGACUUCCGUUUCGUUCUCGCCGGUGAAAGAUAAGAAGGUUCCGGUGAAUUCCGAGGGCAGUAGUGGUGACGUGGAGAAGAAGGCGGCGAAGCAACAGGGUGGAAAGGAACCGAAGAAGGCCGCAGCGUUGGCGGGAGUGGGCGGAGGAGGAGGGAAGCCGUCAAACGGACUGGGGAAGAGGAGGGGGGCAUCGGCGUCGGCGCACGAGUUGCAUUACAAGGCGAACAGGGAGAAGUCAGAGGAGAUGAGGAAGAAGACGUUCUUGCCGUACCGGCAAGGGUUGCUUGGGUGUUUGGGUUUUAGCUCCAAGAGUUAUGGUGCCAUGAAUGGGUUUGCUAGAUCCCUCAACCCAGUUUCAUCAAGGUAAUAUGAAUAGUAGUACUAGCAGUAGUAGCAGUAUAAUGUGUAUAUUUUUGUUAGUAGUAUCUUAUCACCCCAAUGUUAAAAUUGCUAUGUAUUGUGAUGUACCUCUCCCUGUAUUGGGUUAUUAGUUUGGAAUGGAUGGGGAUUCUCCCUUUUUUUUUUAGAUUGGAGAAGAGGAGUGAGGUUUCCCCCAUUUGAUGGAUCUGGUUUGGCCAUUAAUGAAAUUUAUGGGAUGGGAUGUUUUUUUUCCCAUUUUAGGUGUAUAAA